GCCCCGCGCCACCGCGGCAGACGCAGCGCGGCUCGGAGCGCGCACGGAGCCUCCCGCAGCCGCCGCGGCCCGGGCAGCCCCGCACCCCGCCAUGGCCCGGAACCGCCGGGAGAGGAGCAGCUGGGGUAGUUUUGCAGAGAAGACUUAUGAAUGGAGCUCAGAGGAGGAGGAGUCUGUGAGGAAGGCAGGACCAGUGCAAGUCCUCAUUGUCAAAGAUGACCAUUCCUUUGAACUGGAUGAAGCCGCGCUGAACCGCAUCCUCCUCUCAGAGGCUGUCAGAGAUAAAGAGGUUGUGGCUGUGUCUGUCGCUGGAGCUUUUAGAAAAGGAAAAUCAUUCCUAAUGGACUUCAUGCUGCGGUACAUGUACAAUAAGGAAGCAGUGGACUGGGUCGGAGAUUACAACGAGCCUCUGACUGGUUUCUCCUGGAGGGGAGGGUCUGAGCGGGAGACAACCGGCAUUCAGAUAUGGAGUGAAGUUUUCCUGGUGGACAAACCUGAUGGUAAAAAGGUUGCAGUGUUGCUGAUGGAUACACAGGGGACCUUUGAUAGCCAGUCCACCUUGCGGGAUUCGGCCACUGUGUUUGCCCUAAGCACAAUGAUCAGCUCAAUACAGGUUUAUAACUUGUCCCAGAAUGUGCAGGAGGAUGAUCUGCAGCACUUGCAGCUUUUCACCGAGUAUGGCCGGCUGGCCAUGGAGGAGACAUUCCUGAAACCUUUCCAGUCCCUUAUAUUCCUUGUUCGUGACUGGAGCUUCCCUUAUGAAUUUUCCUAUGGAUCUGAUGGUGGUGCAAGAUUUUUGGAGAAGCGGCUGAAGGUCUCAGGAAAUCAGCAUGAAGAGCUUCAGAAUGUCAGAAAACACAUCCAUUCCUGCUUCACCAAAAUCUCCUGCUUCCUCUUGCCUCACCCAGGCCUGAAAGUUGCCACCAACCCUAAUUUUGAUGGAAAACUGAAAGAAAUAGAUGAUGAGUUCAUUAAGAACUUGAAGGUUUUGAUUCCCUGGCUUCUUAGUCCUGAGAACCUGGAUGUUAAGGAGAUCAAUGGAAACCAUAUCACCUGCCGAGGCCUUGUGGAGUAUUUUAAGGCGUACAUAAAGAUCUACCAAGGGGAAGAAUUGCCACACCCAAAGUCAAUGCUGCAGGCCACAGCAGAAGCCAACAAUUUAGCAGCAGUUGCCACUGCCAAAGACACGUACAGCAGGAGUAUGGAAGAGGUCUGUGGUGGGGACAAGCCUUUCCUUGCACCUAGCGACCUCCAGACCAAACACAUGGAGCUGAAGGAGGAGGCUGUGAAGCUAUUUCGUGGAGUGAAGAAGAUGGGUGGGGAGGAGUUCAGCCGUCGCUACCUCCAGCAGCUGGAGAAUGAGAUAGAUGAGCUCUACAUCCAGUACAUCAAGCACAAUGACAGCAAGAACAUCUUCCACGCUGCCCGCACCCCCGCCACACUCUUUGUGGUCAUCUUCAUCACUUACGUGAUAGCUGGAGUGACCGGCUUCAUUGGCUUGGACAUCAUAGCCAGUCUGUGCAACAUGAUCAUGGGCUUGACACUUAUCACACUGUGUACCUGGGCAUAUAUCAGAUACUCUGGGGAGUACAGAGAACUGGGCGCAGUAAUAGACCAAGUGGCUGCAGCGUUAUGGGACCAGGCUCUGUACAAGCUGUACAGCGCGGCAGCGACGCACAGGCACCUCUACCACCACGCCUUCCCUGCACAGAAAGCAGAGCCCACAGAGGGCUCGGAGAGGAAGAAGGUGUAACCCCAGCGCGUUCCUGUCAAUGCAUGGAGGCACGGAAACCUCAUCCUCAGUCCAGCAACUCUCAUCCUCAUGUCCCUCACAAGCUCCUGCUGCAGAAGAGCGUGAGUGGAGAACACAUCUUGUGCAAGGUGGUUUGGUGCCGUGUGUGACAGGAUGACCUCGGCAUGUUUUUCAUUUUGUUCAUAUGUACAUGUUGGUACUGCCGCAACUACAAAGUGCUUUUAAUUUGUAAUAGCCAGCAUACUCCCCAGCUCAUUACAAAGCCUUAUUUUCCCCUUAAUUCGUUACAAAGUCACUAAAACCUCAUAAGUUACAUGAUACUGCAACUAAAACUGUUUCAGACCUUAGCUUAUUCAAAAGCCAACUUAUUUUCAGAUACUUGAACAAGUUAUAACAUGUAACCAAGUUUUUUCUUCCAUUAACUGUUUAAUUAUAAAAACAAAAAUGUAUUAACUCGCUUUAUCAGAAGCAGUAAGGGCACUUCUGCUACAGUAUGUUAACAGUUUGGUAGGGAAAGCAUACUUUUCUGUUGGUAACCGAUGCACAAAGCACCACGUUGUAGAUGUACUGAGAACAUUUUGCUGUAUUUCUGUAUAUACAUUCAUUAUUGCGCAUCGGAAGUGUGUUCAACAGUUCUAUUCUUUUAUCGUCAGAGCUAUUAAAGUUUGCUGUCAGUUCCUAAGACUGUGGUGGUUCAGGAAGCAGGUGUUAACUAAUGAGGUGAGAGCUUCUUUUCUUGGGUUCCUCACAUUCUUGGUUUCCUUUUUGGUGCUUUUAAUGGUGAGUUGGUAUUUGGAACACACUCCUGGCCUGCCUCUGGCCCAGGGGUGACUGACCGCUGGAAGGUGCUUCUCUCACAAACAAGUUAAAGCCAGGUUUUACAAGUCUUGGGAAUAACCAAGUCUCCAGCUGUUAGCAGAGGAAAAGCUUCUCAGGUGAAGCCAAGCUGAAGGAAGGGUUGCUGCUGAGGUCCACAGCCCCAGCUGCCCUUCACCUCUCUGUCCUGAUGUGAGGGACCUUAUUGUUGACUCAGCACAGCCAAGCUUGGAGCCUCCGAAUGCUAUAUGGCUUCAGAGAGCCUGAGCUUCUGCCGGUCACCAUCCUGAUCAGAUCCUUGCUCUGCUUGUACAGUUUGACAUUCUAAAAGGCAAAACAAAAGAGGUGUACAACCCUCCAUUCACUGAACAAAACAAUUUUUAUUGAGUUAAUAGGAUUUACAAGAAAUGUUGGGGGAUUUUUUUGUCUGCAACAAUGUUUAUUGCACUAAUAAGAAUCCAUAAAUAACAUUUCAGGACAAUCAAUGAACCAAAUGAAGAUACUGGAGAGGCUGACUGUACAAUUAAAAUUUUUCCCCAAGUAAGGAAGUGUUACUACAAGACUAAAGCUCGCUUAAAAGUGAUUUUGUGUCACAGUGUAGCACAGCUGGUCAGACAGUGCUGUUACCUUCCCAUGUGACUGGGUAGCAUUUCACAAAACACAGUUCAGCUUGGAUUUAAAAACUAGGGAACAGUUUGCUUGGAGACCUUGGUCUUCAGGAAGGAAUUCCAUCUGUAAUUUCUGUGAAAACUAGUAGUAAAUCCAAAGUAGUAAUGCGCUGAAGUAAAAAAUAAGGCAACUUGGA